AUGCAGCCUACAAAAAGUUGGGUAAGCGCAACCCCACGCUCCACUUCAACCGGGGCAUGGCCGCAAAAUACGUCGAGGAUUACGACCUGGCAUCAAGAUCCUUGGCCACGGCGCACGAGCCUGGACCUAAGAGCUGUGGGGGGGGGGUGCUUUUGGUCCCAUGGCCACUGCCAUCAGCACCGGUAG